GGGGCACCUGGAGGUUAGGUCUGGGGAGUCUGAAGAACUAGCCCUUUAUGAAUUUGCCGUUCUGGGUAGAGCCUCCCUUCAUCGUUCAAGGGCUUCUGCAUCGCCUUUCGAGUUACAAUGGUCCCGCUGAUUGUGAUGGGCAAGUUUACCUAAGGGCUGUUGGGUCUUUAUCUGGAGUCCUCCCAGGCGGGUUAUGGACAGGACUGCCUCUGGCCUGCACCAUGAAGCCUGAGCCUGCAUCCGCACUGCCCUGGGCCCUGCUCUGCCUGAGCAUUCGGCUUCGGGCUGCCCCCCUCCCCGCAGUCCCCCGCUGCUAGGAGGUGGCCCUUUGGGACGGUUGUGGCCCCUUUCUGCCUUUCACCUGGCUUACCUCACCGCUCACUCCUCCUCCAUCACGGCGGCUACCCCACCCCAGCCUGCUCCCCGGCCUCCCCGGCUGGGGCAUUUGGGGGUCCGUAGGGAGGAGAGCAUCGCUGAAGGCUUCCACCCGCCGAGUUCCUUCUCCUCCUUGAAUCAAGGCCUCCGGAUCCGCAUGGAUAGCUGAGAUCUUUUCUUGGAGAAAGACAGUUUGCCCCUCACUCUAGUCCCUCACUUUUCCCACCUGCUUUCCUCCUCUUCUGCCCUGUAUUUCCCUUUUCCUCUGUAUUGAAUUUCUUGCCUGUGUGCCCAUCUGCGGCUGUCUUGCUCAUUUCCUUCUUUCCCCACCCUCUCAGUAUUUGUGGGUGUGUCUCCUCCCCCUUGGGUGCUCUCUGUCCCCAAACCCAUCUCCUCCUCUCUCUGCCUUUGCCACCAAGGGGCAUCUUCCCCUGAGGGCUGCUCCCUGCCCAUCUGCUCCUGCAGGCUCCACCUGCGGCCACGAUGGGCUUCACCACGCACUCAGUUUUCUUCACCCUAAAGGUGAGCGUCCUGCUGGGGUCCCUGCUGGGACUCUGCCUGGGCCUCGAGUUCAUGGGCCUCCCCAACCAAUGGGCCCGCUACCUCCGCUGGGAUGCCAGCACGCGCAGUGACCUGAGCUUCCAGUUCAAGACCAACGUCUCCACGGGGCUGCUCCUCUACCUGGAUGACGGUGGCGUCUGUGACUUCCUCUGCCUUUCCCUGGUGGAUGGCCGCGUGCAGCUGCGCUUCAGCAUGGACUGCGCCGAGACUGCUGUCCUGUCCGACAAACAGGUGAACGACAGCAGCUGGCACUUCCUCAUGGUGAGCCGAGACCACCUGAGGACGGUGCUGGUGCUUGACGGCAAGGGCCGGUCUGGUGAGCUGCAGCCCCAGCGGCCCUACAUGGAUGUGGUGAGUGACUUGUUCCUUGGCGGAGUCCCCAUGGACAUACGACCUUCUGCCCUGACCCUUGAUGGAGUACAGGCCAUGCCCGGCUUCGAGGGAUUAAUCCUGGAUCUCAAGUAUGGCAACUCAGAGCCUCGGCUUCUGGGGAGCCAGGGCGUCCAGCUGGACACUGAGGGACCCUGUGGCGACCAUCCCUGUGAAAAUGGGGGGAUCUGCUUUCUCCUGGAUGGCCACCCCACCUGUGACUGUUCCACUACCGGCUAUGGGGGCAAACUGUGCUCGGAAGGAGGUGGCCCUUUGGGACGGUUGUGGCCCCUUUCUGCCUUUCACCUGGCUUACCUCACCGCUCACUCCUCCUCCAUCACGGCGGCUACCCCACCCCAGCCUGCUCCCCGGCCUCCCCGGCUGGGGCAUUUGGGGGUCCGUAGGGAGGAGAGCAUCGCUGAAGGCUUCCACCCGCCGAGUUCCUUCUCCUCCUUGAAUCAAGGCCUCCGGAUCCGCAUGGAUAGCUGA